UUCUAUUCAUUGAAGGCUAGAGGACGAGAAAUUCUAUUUCUAACUGAUCGACGGCAGAAUAUUUAAAAUUUUUGUAUAUUCCAAAUUAUGUGUAUUAACUAUAUACAAAAUGGGUCAAAUUGAUUCUCAAAAUAAAUUGGAUGAGUUUCAAAAGUUACUCGACGUACCCAAAUGGUAUUUGGGCUUAUCGGAUUAUCAAGAAACUACUAUCAAACAGUUCGCAGACGAUUUGCGCGAUGACUUCGAGCAAGGUACGAGCUUUCGUAUUGAAAAAAGCUUGUGUCGAAUUGGCGUGAGUCCAUUGAUAAGCAAGAAAAAGAUUCGUACAAUGGUGCAACUGAGCCGGGGAAACGAUCUCGCCUUCCUUUUUUUUAUACUCGAGGGCUACUACAUCAGUGAACGAAAGAAUGGCGAAUACUCAACCAACGAGAAGUUAUUGAUGAUGACAAUGGCAAAAAUAGAUUUGCUCCCAACGUUACGAGAAUUGGAUCGUAUACUGCCACCACCGCAACUCAGUGCCUUAGAUUUGAAGCGUCAGCAAAUUUCCGAGGUGCAUCAUCAAAAGACAACCAAUUCGCAAAUAUUGCCUUCGAAAAGCUCAAAGAAAUCACAGAAGCUUCCCUACUUUCAGAAGCAACCUCGACCCAAGGAAAUUGUGGUGAAAUACACUAGUAAACCACCAAAUCACAUUGCCAGUUUUCCAUUCUGGAGAUUGAAUCAACCGCCACAAUAUGGCAGUCCAACAGAGCCUCCGUGGUUUAGUGACUACAAUUUGAAUCCCGUUGGCCGUUUAGUCAAAAGUACAGUCGGGGAAGCUGUUGAUAAGUACUUCAAUCAUCUGAACCAAAUAAAACUUUUAGAACAAAAAGCCAGAGUGAGUCGCCGAGCUGCAGCGGCUUUAGAGAGGACAAAACAUACCUUCACAGAUGAGCCACAAAUGUGCGCCUAUCAUCAGUCUAUGACGGGAGAAAUGCAGCUAGUCAAGGACGAGCUGAUCGUGUUGGCACGGAAUCGUGUAAUGGAACUUCUGGAUGUAACUAUGCCAUACCGAAAAUUGAGAGAACGUCGAAUACUUGCACAGCUAGAACAUGAUGUGGAUGUCUGCAUGAAACGUUAUGCUCUCAAGAUGGAGCACACCACUGUGCACACGCUCUCAAAGUCCGAUUGUGUGCUAUGUCAGGCAAAGAGUGUGACCUUGCCCGUCCCAAAGCCGCAAGAUAAGGAGGGGCGAGCUCUUGUUGCCGAGACUCUUCAUCUAGCCAAUACUGAUGUGACUAACAAGUGUGUAGGAGUUAGACUUUGUGGCGGCGGUCUGCGUCGGGAAUCUGUUAACUUUGAGGGUGAACUUGAUCCUUGCGAAAAAUCACAACAAGUCAAUGUGAAGAUUUUUGAUCCGGCAAAUCCAAGUUGCAAUUCAGGCAAAAAGAACCAACAACGCAUAUCGUUUCUAUUGGAUGAUCGCAAAAUGAAACAGCUAAGAAAGAAUCGGAAAGAUCUACCCGUUGAAGUACGCUUCCAAGGCAAGCAGACAAAGAAGACAUUCUUUAUGGCGCCCACAGAUCACAAACCGUAUUUGUUUAAGUACAAACGUAUUUUUAAGACAAACCAGGAGAAACCCCGCGAUGUCAACAGGGUUAUAGCCAAGGCCUUUGUAAAAGCGCUAAAUGAAGAAGAUUCACCUGAUCCACCAUGCGAAGAGCAACCUGCAGAUACAUCCGAAGACGAUGUCGAUAAGCUGGCAACAGAAGUCAGCGGUUGUCGACUAACGAACAGUUGCUCGUCCACGGGAGACACCAGCGAUCACAGCACCCAUAGUCAUGAAGAUCGCAAGGCGGAUAUAGUAAAUGCUGUGGUGCGCUGUGCCAAAGAAAUCUGGAUGAAGGGCGUAAAUAUUAAACGCACUGAAAUGGAGCGUGCUGAAGCAGAGAAAGCCAUGAAGUCAACUGCAACCACCGAACUUAAAUACGAAACACAAAAUUUUGAUCCUGACGACUCGGAACUGAUGAAUCGUAUGCUACAGGAUGGCAUGAAGGAACUUCGCAAAAAUCAAAGAUAUGUGCUUGCCUCACUGCCCAAUGCCCAUAAACUGCCGGUGCUUCAAGAAUGGAUUAAGCGACGAUAUGGCAAGCAAUAUACCGAAGCCGAGGUACAAAAGAGCAUUCAAGAGUCGGUAAAAAUAUUUGAAAUGAUUACGAUGCUGCAAGGACGACCACCAUCUGCCGACCUCAUGGGCAUGGAUCAGUUGCCUCUCGAGAAGGAGAACUACAACUAUGCGAAGGCAGCAAAAGCUCUGGGCGACAAGGUGAGAUCUGCGUACUAUCAAAAGCUGAACGACAUGUACAUGAAUCACACAAGAGCUUGCUGGUAUGCCAUGGGAAACUAUCAGUGUCCUGGCGGACCGCCCCGUAAAGUUUUCUACGCUUAUAUGUCGGCGAAUACCCGGGACAUUAUGCGCAAUCGUGUGUGGAACGGAGAGUUUAGGAACAUUCGACAAUUCCGUGACAACAACAAAGAGCUCCAGAAGGGAAAGUGAACCAUAUAAAUCGUCGCGUUCUUUUUUUUAAUGUGAUGUAAAUUUUGUCUUAUAAAGUUAAUUAAUGCGAAUAAAUUCAAAUUUUAAUUUAAA